CGGUGCUCAGAUGGGAUAGUUGAUUUUGGUUAGUAAUGGUUUAAUAUUUGUCAGUAAACGAGUAUAACAUUUUCUAUAAUGAGAUUUAGUUACCACUUAUAAUGGAGAAGAUUUGGUUUAUGUUUGUCUUCAUAUAUUUGAAGAUUGAAGUUCCAGAUGUGACGUGUCAAGACAUACCGUGUGCUGCCAGACAGAUGGAGUUUGGCUCAGUCUGUGUAUGCAACUCCACGUAUUGUGAUACGGUGGCCAGACCGCCACCCCUGGGUAGAGACCAGUACUACCAAUAUACUACCAGCCAGGAUAGUCCAGGCUUCACAAAGACUACAGGUUACUUUUCCAACGUGACUAACGGGGAAUAUGACAACAACACUGUUUUAUUUACUGUCAACGCCAAUAUCGUUCAUCAAGAAAUCAUCGGGUUUGGAGGAUCUUUUACAGAUUCUGCCGGUAUCGCAGUAAACAGCCUUUCAGAUGAGGCAAAGGAAAGGCUUAUAGAAUCGUAUUUUGGCAUAAACGGUGUGGAAUACAGCGCAGCGCGGGUCCCUAUAGGAUGUUCUGACUUCUCCACCCACUUCUACACCUACGAUGACAUUCCUGACGAUGAUCAACUGAGCCACUUCAGUCUGUCAAGCGAGGACUUCAAAUAUAAAGUGACGAUAAUUCCUCUCAUCCAGAUGGCCCAGAAUGUCAGUCAACACAACUUGAAACUUGUAGGAUGUGCUUUUACGUCUCCUUCAUGGAUGAAGACUAAUAAUGGCACGCCCUCUGGAUAUAUCCUUUCCCGAUACUUUGAUGCCUGGGCCAGAUACCAUGUGAAAUUUUUAGACGCGUACGCUGAGAAUGGAAUCAAGUUCUGGGUGUUAACUGGUGGUAAUGAAGUUACGUUUCCCUUCGUGAUUCAAGCUCCACUGGUAGUCAACAUGGUGGCGUGGCCGCAGGACCAUCGCCGGUGGCUCAAGUAUUACCUAGGUCCCCAGCUGCAGGCAUCCAACCACAGCCACAUCAAGUUCGCUUUUAUGGAUGACAUGCGAGUCUUCGCCAAGUACUGGAUGGAUCGGUUCGCCUUAGAUCCAGAGGUAUUCGAGAUGGUCGAGGGCCCGGCCCUUCACUGGUACUGGGACUGGCUGACUUCUGAUUCCCUCUUAGACGUCAUACAUGACAAGUUUCCUGACAAACACAUUCUCUAUACAGAGAGUAGCAUCAACGUCAUACUAUUUGGUGGGCAGCCUGUGGAGCUAGGGUCUUGGCAGCGAGGUACAUUCUAUAUUUACAAUAUCAUCCAGAAUAUUAACCACUGGACAAACCUUUACUUGGACUGGAAUCUGGCCCUGGACACUGCAGGAGGGCCUUUCCAGGAAUUACCCAUCGACGCGGCAAUCAUCGUCAACAAGACCAGUGGAGAGUUCUACAAGAACCCCAUGUUCUACGCGCUGGGUCACUUCUCCAAGUUCAUUCCUCCAGGCUCCAAGCGUAUUGAUGUUCAAUCCAACCAGAACAUUACUUUAGACUCCAACGAACAGCUUAGAGAUAAACUAGCUUCGUCUCGUCUAUUCCAUAACUUCGGAUCUCUUCCUGCAGGCCAGGCGAGCCAGGAAGGAUUGCCAACGGCUGGACCGUCAGCGUUGCCAACUUUCCCCCCAACACCCGAGAUUGUAUUGCCCAAGACGGUUAUCUGUCUCGCUACAGCAAACUCAGACAACAGUUCUACUGUCAUCGUCUUUAACUCGAAAGAUGAACCUGUGAAUGUCACUGUGGUGGACACUGUGGUGGGUAACAUCUCUACGACUGUGGCUGCCCAGUCCAUCAAUACUUUUGUGUACUGGCCGAAAUAAAUUCUUUGUACAGUGUACUUUUGCAUAGUCUUUGAAAUAAAUACUUAAAUAAAACAAAAA